AUGAAUAAUGAAGAUGACGCAAAUAUGCAUGGAUUGCUAUCCUCUGAGGACGGGCCACAGCUGCCACAAUUACCACAACUACCACAACUACCUGCAAUGAGAGCUUCACGUGGCGGAGCUGACGACAACAAGAAUGAGCAACAAACUACCAUUAAUAGUGUUGAUAAUGGUCUUGCUGAUGUCAAUCAUGGCGACACGGCUGCACGUACGACGCCGCAAACCAUUGCAUCUGCCAUUCUGGGACGGCAACAGAAGCUAAAUGAAGGUGAUGGUCGAAAUCAUAACACUGCACCAGCAGAUUCGUCGUCUUCCAAAGAAGGGCCAUCGAAUACAGGGGCCUUUGCUGUUGAAGGAAUCGGAGAUGGACAUGAUGGCAAUGCUGGAGAAAAUCGCACUAUAAUUUCGGAUGCAAACAAUGACCGUUCUACCAGUCCUACCACUACCAACAACAUGGUUCAUGCUGAAAUUGCACCCGAUGUGGAAGAGCUUGUUCAAGAGAGAUUGCAAGCGCUGCGACAACAGGAAGAACAACGAAAUACAAACAGCAACAACAAUCAGAUCAUCAUGGCAGUGGCAGUUGGGACAGCGACCAAUGAUGAUGGUAAUGGGGAUAAUGAUACUGCUGGAGGAGAAAACAUCAGUAACAAAAAUGAAAGUGGUCGUGGAUUUCAAUGGACCAACCGCAAUAAAUUGUUGCUCAUAAUUGGUUUGGUGCUCUUCACCAUCAUGGUUGCCGGUAUCACUGGAGGAAUUGUGGCGUCAUCACCAUCGGCCACCAAUGAUAAUCAAGGUCCCAAUACCGGUCUUCCAACAAACAUGCCGUCAAGGAUGACGAUGAUCCCAGCAAGUAGUGAACCCACUGGAUUGCCAACCACUACUCGCCAAGGAAUCAUUGAAGCUAGCCUCAUGUUUGAGCACGAGGAAUAUCUGGCAACAAUUGACCCCCAAGCCUUUGAGUGGCUCGUCUACAGUGAUAUAUGGAUUCCGCCACCAGGUGCAACGGAUCCACAAGGAUUGUGGAGAGAACGAUAUUUUAUGGCAGCUUUGUACUUCGCGACGAGAGGAGAGGAUUUAUGGUCCGAUCGACGAAAUUGGUUGUCUCCAAGCUUAUCAGUGUGCGAAUGGGAUGGCAAUGAUUACGAUGACGACUUUGAUAGUAACGAAAAAAUUGAAACUCGUUGCAUUGAGGAGGAUGGCAAGAUUCGAAGCUUGAUCAUACGUGAAGGAAAAAUGUUAGGAACCAUCCCAUCCGCGAUCAAGGCAUUGUCCAUGCUGGAACGAAUCGACUUUUACGGGAAUAAUCUGCGAGGGACCAUACCGAAUUCAGUUGGCCUAUUAUCUCACUUGACAACGAUGAACAUGUCCGGCAACGAUUUGACAGGAACUCUGCCAACUGAGCUUGGGGCCUUGGUAAAUUUGGAAAUUUUUCAAAUAAAUCAGAACGUCCUGACAGGAGAAUUACCUUCCGAAAUUGGGAACUGGUCAUCACUCCGCAGACUCUCCUUGUUCGAAAACAAUUUUCGCGGAACUCUUCCAACGCAAAUGGAACAAUGGACAAGUGUUGAAAAUUUGAACUUGCAGGACAAUAGUUUCACCGGUACUCUCUUAGACUUUUGGAACUGGACACAGCUUCAGGUUCUAGACCUUUCAACUUUAGCACUGACGGGAACAAUUCCAACAUCGGUUGGUUCCAUGAAAUCUCUCGAUCUUCUUUCGUUGAAUGAAAACAAUCUCAGUGGUAGUCUCCCAACAGAGCUUGGUCUGUUGCCACGGCUUGCCUUCUUGAAUCUGCGUUCAAAUGAGCUCUCAGGCAAGCUGCCCACAGAGUUGUUUCUCUCGCCUUCGCUCAGAUUCAUUGAUGUCGGCUUUAAUCUCUUGACAGGAACCCUUCCGCUCCUCAACACGAGCAGCAUUGACCUUUGUUUAGAUGGCAAUAGGUUCUCAGACAUGCCCAAUAUGAAUGGCCGUGAGUGUGGUGGCUUCUAG